GAAGAGCACACCUUUAUAAACCUUGACCAGGGUUUUGACCAGCACUGUACACUGAGACAGACAUGGAAGAAGGCGCGCAGCUAUGUGAGGCGGCGAGGAACGGCGACACCGAGAAGCUGAAGGCUCUAAUACUCGCCGGAGCUGACGUUACGUACUUCGACGGUGAAGGCCUCAAUCCGCUGAUGCACGCCGCCAAGCUGGGCCACGCCGACGCCGUCACAGCCCUUCUAGAAGCUGGCGCGCCCUGGAACGCCUUAUCCCCCUCCAAUCUCUCCGCCGGCGAUUUCGCCAUGGAAGCAGGCCACGAGGACGCCUACGACAUCCUCCUCAAUGCCGGGAUUCAAGCUGAAUUGGUACUCGGAACGAUUGCGCGGAGGGAGAAGAAGGACGGGGAUAGCGAUGGUGAUUAUUUGGAAGACAGAGUGAGCUUUAGUGAGGAUAAGCUUAUGGACUCGAAUUGUAAGGCGGUGAUGAUGGCGUGGGAGCAUCCGUUAAUGGAGGCGCACGCGAAAGCGGUUUGUUCCGGAGGUGGCCAUAUAUUGAACAUUGGAUUUGGAAUGGGGCUUGUGGAUACAGCCAUUCAGAAAUACUCCCCUGCUUCGCACACCAUCGUUGAGGCUCACCCGGAGGUUUAUCAGCGUAUGAUUCGAACCGGUUGGGCUCAGAAGGAUAAUGUGAACAUAAUAUUCGGCCGAUGGCAGGAUGUGCUACCUCAGCUUAAAUCAUAUGAUGGGAUUUUCUUUGACACCUACGGAGAGUACUACGAAGACCUGAGAGAGUUCCACCAGCAUCUUCCCGUGUUGUUGAAGCCCGGGGGAAUCUACUCGUUCUUCAAUGGCCUUUGCGGAGGUAAUGCCUUCUUCCAUGUUGUUUACUGUCAUUUGGUCUCUCUAGAGCUUCAGAAUUUGGGUUACUCUACACAGUUCAUUCCAUUGCCUGUCAAGGAUUGUUUAGGAGACGAAGUUUGGGAAGGUGUCAAACAAAAGUAUUGGCAGCUCGAUACUUAUUACCUCCCCGUUUGUCAGUCUGUAGAUGAUACGGAAUGAUAGUUGGACUUCGCUUUAGUUUAUAUUUUAGCUUUUUUUCCUUAUUGUAACUUCAAGAUAUUUCAUUGUGAUUGAUUUCAUGAUGAUUGCAUUGUAGACAGCUCUAUGAAUUUCUAGUUUUGUAGUGAUAUUUUAAAUUUCUGAA